GUCGACGGUUAGACACCCCGGCGCCAUCAAGGAAGACUCACCAAGCACUUAAAUUUUCCUCCAUUUUUCUCCUUUUUCUCGAUAAUGUCGCAUCUGGAGACGGAGCCCGGCCUUCAGGAUGACGAUCCUGCCAUGCGUGAGGUCGGCGCCAUGUCUUCGGAUGACAUCCUAUCACGGACCCGUCUCCUGGAGAACGAGAUCCGCAUCAUGAGACUGGAGCAAACACGGAUCACCCACGAGAUACAGAACCAGCGCGACAAGAUCCGGGAGAACUCGGAGAAGAUCAAAGUGAACAAGACGCUUCCCUACCUGGUCUCCAACGUGAUUGAGAUCCUGGAUGUCGACCCCAAUGAGUACGGUGAGGAAGACGGCGCCAAUGUGGACCUGGACUCACAGCGGAAGGGAAAAUGCGCGGUCAUCAAAACCUCCACUCGGCAGACAUAUUUCCUCCCCGUGAUCGGACUCGUCGACGCGGAGACCCUCAAGCCCGGAGACCUCGUGGGCGUCAACAAGGACUCCUACCUCAUCCUGGAGACCCUGCCGGCGGAGUAUGACUCGCGGGUGAAGGCCAUGGAGGUGGAUGAAAGGCCCACGGAACAGUACAGUGAUAUUGGAGGCCUGGAUAAGCAGAUUCAGGAGUUGAUUGAGGCGGUUGUGUUGCCCGUGACACAUAAGGAGCGCUUUGAGAACCUUGGCAUCCAGCCCCCCAAAGGAGUGCUUCUGUAUGGCCCUCCCGGCACAGGCAAAACACUGCUGGCCAGGGCAUGCGCUGCGCAGACAAAGAGCACCUUCCUCAAGCUGGCCGGCCCACAGUUGGUGCAGAUGUUCAUUGGAGAUGGCGCCAAGCUUGUGAGAGAUGCAUUUGCUCUGGCCAAGGAGAAGGCACCGGCUAUCAUAUUCAUUGACGAGCUGGAUGCUAUCGGCACUAAGAGGUUUGACAGCGAGAAGGCAGGUGAUCGAGAGGUACAGAGAACCAUGUUGGAGCUGCUCAACCAACUGGACGGCUUCUCAUCCACCACGGACAUCAAGGUCAUCGCUGCAACCAACCGCGUGGACAUCCUCGACCCCGCCCUGCUCCGCUCCGGCCGCCUGGACCGCAAGAUCGAGUUUCCACACCCCAAUGAGGAAGCCCGGGCCCGCAUCAUGCAAAUCCACUCUCGGAAGAUGAACAUUGCAAGCUGCGUCAAUUUCGAGGAGCUGGCGCGAUCGACGGAUGACUUCAACGGCGCACAGUGCAAGGCUGUCUGCGUGGAGGCGGGUAUGAUUGCACUCCGCCGACAAGCCACAACUGUUACCCAUGAGGAUUUUAUGGAGGCAAUAAUGGAGGUCCAGGCAAAGAAGAAGGCCAAUUUGAACUACUAUGCCUAGAGUGUGUGUGUGUGUGUGUGUGUGUGUGUGUGUGUGUGUGUGUGGAUGGUGGGGUAAGGGAUGGGAAAGGACAGGAGAGGAAAUGUGUGUGUGUGUGUGUGUGUGUGUGUGGAUGGUGGGGUAAGGGAAGGGAAAGGGAAGGAAAUGUGUGUGUCUCUGUGUGUGUGUGUGUGUGUGUGUGUGUGUGUGUGUGAUAUUGGUAGCUGUUUUCAAUCUUUUCCUCCUCCUCCUCCUCCUCCUCCUCUUCUUCCAUUUUUCUUUAUUUUUCUCAUUUCUUCUUCAUAUAUUUCUCUCUCCCUCUCCUUAUGUGUGUGUGUGUGUGUGUGUGUGUGUGUGUGUGUGUGUGUGUGUGUAUGGCUGACCACCCUAUGUAUGUCUUAAGUAAUUAUGAAACAGAAUGAUCAGUAAAAAUAUUUCUUUCCUAAA